GGCUAACAGAGAUCGCUGGGAAAAGGCUGGGAAACCGCCACACAACAUCCGGCCUGUGAAAGGAUCGGUACACAUCGUGGCUAGUCGGGGAUUUGUCGAUUAUCUUCUUCACAACCAGACUUCCAAGGACCUUCUCGAAUGGGUGCAAAAAACGAAAAUACCAGACGAGACCUACUUCAGCACUCUCAACCACAACCCACAUCUUGGCGUGCCGGGGUCCUACAAAGGCGAACCAGAACGUCGGACGUUGUCGCGGUUUAAGAACUGGGGAAGCUUACCAUGUGCUGGCAAGUUUGUCAGAAGUGUGUGCGUUCUCGGGCUCGGAGAUUUACCCUUGUUGGCGAAAGCUAAAGAAUUCUUUGCAAACAAAUUUCACUUGGAUUUUGAACCUUACGCUUUGGAUUGUAUCGAAGAAUGGCAUUACAACAGAACACGAGACGAAUAUUUAGCACCCACACAGAUGGAGACCGGCCAUAUGAUCAUUACUGAUCCACCAGCCAGUCCACCAGCGCCUCCAGUUGUUGCUGUUCCCACGGCAGAUGUUCAGCGUGAACCCAAGAGGAGGAAAGUGUCUACGGCCAUCGAUCACUCCCCUUGCACGAUCGUGUGUGACAAGCUGCCGGCGAAAUACCGUGGAGCUACCCAGGGCGACUUUACGGAGAAGUCACAGAUCAACGGGCCGUGGAGCGAUUCAUCGUGGCGCCAACUUCCAUCACGCCAAGGGAAAUACCAGAUCCAAGGAGCCAAGCACUCGGCCAAGUUGUAUGUGAUGGCGGAGCGGGACGGGCUGUUCUGA